UGGUAGUUCUCCCAGGUCACCAUAUAUCUUCGACCGAUCCUGAUUGUAGUUAUUUGCUAGUAUAUAAUUCAUAUGGUUUAUUUCAAUUUUAUUUUUGAAAAUUUGAUGUUUUUUUUCUGAGUGUGAUAUUGAUUUUAUUGUAAUUUUUCCUCCAAUGUUGUCAUCAAGUGAUACAUCUGAGAUAACAUGUCUGAGAAUCCGGUAGAGGGCUUAUUUCAUAACUUUGAGCAAGUCGCAAAUUUUGUUCAACAUCAUGUAUCUAAUUUGAUAGGCCAUCUCAACUCAUCAGGACCUUUUGGUGUCUCCAUCAAAGCACCGUUUGUUGAAACCACAUCUUCUCUACAACCUCGUCAUCCCAUUCUCAAGGGUAAGUCCUCUUCCCCGGUGACUAAAGAAGAGCUUGGAAGGGCUACAUGGACUUUUCUUCACACUCUUGCUGCUCAGUAUCCAGAUAAUCCUACAAGACAACAGAAGAAGGAUGUAAAAGAACUGGUACAGAUCUUGUCUCGAAUGUACCCUUGCAAAGAAUGUGCAGAUCACUUUAAAGAAGUUCUUAGAUCAAAUCCUGUACAGGCCGGGUCACAUGCUGAGUUUUCACAGUGGCUCUGUCAUGUGCAUAAUGUUGUCAAUAGAAGCAUUGGCAAACCAGUAUUUCACUGUGAACGAGUUGAUGCAAGGUGGGGAAAACUUGAGUGUGAGCAGAAAGCAUGUGAAAUUAUUGGUACUACAUCAAUUUUUGGGAACAUAUAAAGGAUUACUACUAAUAGAUACUUGUACCAUACAAGCUAUGUAUUGAAUUGGAGCUGUUUAAGAAAUCUUUUAUGAUACACCUUGAUUGUUAUCUAGUGACUUAGCACCAUAGUGUGUAGGUAAGUUAUAUAUAAAUUGGAUUUUCUGCAAUCAGCAGGUACACACAUUCAUGCAGUCAAAGUAUCGGCUGCACAUGGGAUUAAGAUAAGACAGUUUAAAUA